AUGCGUUUCGGAAUCAUUCUCUCCAUUGUGGCUACGCUCUCUGCAGCCGGCGCCAUCCCCGCGCCUCUCAAAGACGCUGCUUCCAUGAAGCGCAGUGUUGAUAACGCCCGAGCCUUGAAGAGCCGGGACUUAGUGGAAUCUCUUAAGACCCUUGCAGCUUCUGUCGAGGCUAUCCAGGAUGAGGACUAUCCCCAUGGUGAAUGGUAUUCUAAGCGAGAGGAAGGUCACAUUGCGGAUUCGUUGAAGACGCUGGCUGCGUCUGUGGAGACUAUUCAGGAAGAAGACUAUGAGAUCUGGGACGAGUAA